ACAAUAACGCCAGCUCUCCGGGACGGAUAGACAGUCAGAUAAGGGAUCCUGCCUGACACGCUCCUCCCUGCCUCCCCAACUAAGAUGGGCACCUACAAAGUCCGCGUUGCCACUGGGGACUUCCUACUAGCCAGCACGUUUAGCUCUAUCUCUGUCACUCUGGUGGGGACCCACGAGGAGAGCGACAAACAGCUCCUCGACAACUGUGGGAAGGACUUCAACCCUGGAAAGGUGGAAGAGUUCAAGCUGAAAAGCCGGCGCUGGCUGGGGGACAUCGUCCUGGUUCGGCUGCACAAGGAGCCCUAUGCCUUCUACCCUACUGACAACUGGUACUGCAGCUACGUGGAGGUGGUCUCCCCCCACGGACAGAGCUACCGCUUCCCCUGCUACCAGUGGAUCGAGGGCUACCGCACACUGGAGCUGCGGGAGGGCAAAGGCCAGAUGGUUUUCGACGACGCUGAUCAGCCAAUGCUGCUGCAGCAGCGAGAGGAGGAGCUGAAGCAGCGACGCAAGUGCUAUGAGUGGAAGGAGUACAGCCCCGGGUUGCCCCACUGCCUGGCCGUGGAUAACAUCAUCGAGCUGGACGGCAACAGCAUGUACUCCGUCACCAAGAACACCAACUUGCUGCUGCGCUCGACGAACACGCAGGUGCGGAUGCGGCUGAAGGGUUUCCUGAGCUGCACCAACUCCUGGGCAAAGCUGGAAGACAUCAGCAAGGUUUUCUGCUUCAGCAAGAGCCCGAUCACAGAGUACGUGCAGGAGCACUGGCGAGAGGACACGUUUUUUGGGUACCAGUUUCUGAACGGGGUCCACCCAGUGACGAUCCGGAAAUGCACCAAGCUCCCGGAGAACUUCCCCGUCACGUCAGCCAUGGUGGCCCCCUUCCUAGGGGAGGGCACCACCCUGACGGAUGAGCUGGAGAAGGGGAACAUCUUCAUCGCUGACUAUAAAAUUCUGGAGGACAUCACAGCCAAUACGAUCAAUAACUACCAGCAGUACAUCGCUGCGCCCAUCUGCCUGCUGUACGUACAGCCCUCUGGAGAGCUCGUCCCAGUCGCCAUCCAGCUCAGCCAGCACCCGGGUCCCGACUGCCCCAUCUUCCUGCCCAGUGACUCUGAGUGGGACUGGCUCCUGGCCAAGACCUGGGUGCGCAACGCCGAGCUGCUGGUACAUGAGGCCGUCAGCCACCUGCUGCUCACUCACUUAAUCAACGAGGCCUUCACCCUGGCCACCCUGCGCCACCUGCCCACAUGCCACCCGAUCUUCAAGUUGCUGCUGCCCCACACACGCUAUGUACUGCACGUCAACGUCCUGGCCAGGUCCUUGCUACUGAGACGUGGAGGGAUCAUCGAUAAGGCCAUGGGUUCGGGACUUGUGGGGAUCACCGAGCUGAUGGCCAAGGGCAUGUCUGGCAUGACCUACACCUCCUUAUGCUUCCCUGAUGACAUCCAAGAGCGUGGGGUUGAUGACAUCCCUAAUUACUACUACAGAGAUGAUGGGCUGAAAAUUUGGUCGGCCAUUGAGAGCUUUGUCUCCGGCAUCGUCCAACACUAUUAUCACAGCGACGCCCAUGUCCUGGCAGACAGCGAGUUACAAGCCUGGGUUGACGAGAUCUUCAGAAAAGGCUUCCUGGGGAAUAAGGCAUCCGGUAUCCCUGCCUCCCUGCAGAGUGUCUCUGAACUCAUCAAAUAUGUGACCAUGUGGAUUUACUGCUGUUCGGCCCGACAUGCCUUCCUGAACAAUGGGCAGUUCGACUUUGGGGCCUGGAUGCCUAAUUUCCCAUCCUCCAUGAGAAACCCCCCACCCCAGGCCAAGGGUGCCACCUCCCUGGAGAGCUACCUGGAUACCAUCCCAGACAUCAGCACCACUGGCCGCACCAUCUACAUCUUUUGGGUCAUCUGCUGCGAGCCGGGGGACUCGAGAGCCCUGGGCACAUACCCUGACGAGCACUUCACGGAGGAGGAGCCAAAGCAGCUGAUCACGGCCUUCCAAGAGCACCUGGCCCAGAUCUCCCAGGAGAUCCAAGAGAGGAACAAAUCCCUGCCCAUCCCCUACCGCUACCUGGAUCCCCAAGAAAUUGAGAACAGCACGUCCAUCUGAGCCCCAUGCCCCCCCCUACCCCCCAAGGCAGCUGGUAGUGCUGUUACCAUCGUGCCAUACCUGCGAUGCUGUCCUGAGAGCAAUAAA